UUUUUCUGAUUGGCCAAAACCUGAUCUGGCAGGGUUCGGCUUGGGCGUCUUUAGGUUUCCUCGACUGGCUCUUCACAACUGCUCUACAACUCAGAGCAGCAGCUGCUGGGACCAGCUUGGGAAGAGGAUGGUCCUGCACACAUCUCUGAUGCUGGGGGCCCUGGCCCUGGCCACCACGGUGGGCCCCUGUGGAGGGGAAGACAUUGUGGCUGACCACGUUGCCUCCUAUGGCAUAAACGUCUACCAGUCUUACGGCCCCUCUGGCCAGUACACCCAUGAAUUUGAUGGAGAUGAGGAGUUCUACGUGGACCUGGAGAGGAAGGAGACUGUCUGGCGGCUGCCUGAGUUUAGCAAAUUUACAAGUUUUGACCCACAAGGUGCACUGAGAAACAUAGCUACAGUAAAAUACAACUUGGACAUCGUGAUUAAACGCUCCAACUCUACCGCUGCUACCAAUGAGGUUCCCGAGGUGACUGUGUUCUCCAAGUCUCCUGUGAUGCUGGGCCAGCCCAACACCCUCAUCUGUCUUGUGGACAACAUCUUCCCUCCUGUGAUCAACAUCAGCUGGUUGAGCAAUGGGCACUCAGUCACAGAAGGUGUUUCUGAGACCAGCUUCCUUUCCAAGAGUGAUCAUUCAUUCCUCAAGAUCAGUUACCUCACCUUCCUCCCUUCUGCUGAUGAGAUUUACGACUGCAAGGUGGAGCACUGGGGCCUGGACAAGCCACUUCUGAAACACUGGGAACCUCAGAUUCCAGCCCCUAUGUCAGAGCUGACAGAAACUGUGGUCUGUGCCCUGGGGUUGUCUGUCGGCCUCGUGGGCAUCGUGCUGGGCACCGUCUUCAUCAUCCAAGGCCUGCGCUCAGGUGGUGCCUCCAGACACCAAGGGCCCUUGUGAGCCACACCCUACAAGGGAAGGUGCAUUGCCCAUCGACGGGAGCAGAGGAGUGGACUUGCUAGAUGACCCAGUACUAUUUUCUGGCCCAAUUGAUCAUAUUCUUUUUCUCCUCCAAAUGUCUCUCCUCUCACUUCUUCUCUGGGAUUUAAGGUGCUGUAUCCCAUUAGAGCUCAUAACUGCCUUUGAAUUCUCCUCCACACUCCUGAAUUUUUUUUUUCUUUUCUCAAAUCUUCCUUACUAUGGGAUGCCUGGGGUAACCCACCCAGCUUCCUAAUACCUCAGUGACUUUGACCCAAAAAAAUCUCUAUAAAAACAAUAAAUCCCAUUUUAUGAGGUCUCUA